GGUGGGGCGAGGGGGUAAGAGUAGGGUGGAGGGGUAGGAGGAUUUACUCUUUCAGCCAGAGCAUCGCGAGUCCCUUCCUCCUCCUCCCCCCUGCCCGGGCUCCGGCGUGGAGGCGGGGCGUGGCCGGCCUGCUUUGGGAGGGGAGGGGCUUUUCCCCUUCCCUGCUGGGCUCUGCCUGGGCGGCUCUGGGGUCGCGCUACCUCGGGGCAUCCACUCUGCAGUCGAACAGUUUCCGCCGGGGAUAAAGGGUAGGAUCUGCUGGAAGAAGCGCAGCUGCCGCGCCGCCACCACCACGAAGACACACCAGGCUUGGGGCACGAGGCUAGCUGGAGACCAAGCUCCCUAGUCUGGGUAACCUGGGAAGCAGUGGGUAGUUAAGUGGCGCCUUAAGGUAACCCUGUAGCAGCAGCAGUGGCGGCCAAAGGAGGCUGCUCAGGGUACAAGCAGCUGUAGGAGUCUCUGGGGCGAUCGGAGUGACCGACGCCAAGGCAGCUCAGUGCCUCUCGUGUUCUUAUUUUUUAACCUCUGACUAUGCAAUUCUGAAACCUCCCCCAUUCGGGGGACCAGACAGCCCGACAGACACCUUCCACUCUCCUCCCGCCCUGGUCUCAAGAACAGAAGGAUCUCUCCUAACGCCUUUCACCAUUAAGAGGAAAGCGAUGGAGGAGCUGAGCGCUGAUGAGAUCCGACGGAGGCGCCUCGCUCGACUUGCUGGUGGACAGACUUCCCAGCCGACCACCCCGCUUACCUCUCCCCAGAGAGAGAACCCUCCGGGGCCUCCUCUAGCAGCGUCAGCCCCAGGCCCCUCCCAGAGUCUUGGUCUCAAUGUCCACAACAUGACCCCAGCUACCUCCCCAAUAGGUGCAUCAGGAGUAGCCCAUCGAAGCCAGAGCAGUGAAGGAGUCAGUUCUCUCAGCAGCUCGCCCUCCAAUAGCCUUGAAACACAAUCUCAGUCUCUCUCACGUUCCCAGAGCAUGGAUAUCGAUAGCGUCUCUUGUGAGAAAAGCAUGUCCCAGGUGGAUGUGGAUUCAGGAAUUGAAAAUAUGGAAGUUGAUGAAAAUGAUCGAAGAGAGAAAAGGAGCCUCAGCGACAAGGAGCUGUCAUCGGGUUCUGAAGUGUCUGAAGAACAGGCCUUACAGCUGGUCUGUAAGAUCUUUCGAGUCUCUUGGAAGGACCGGGACAGAGACGUCAUCUUUCUUUCUUCUCUUUCUGCACAAUUUAAGCAGAACCCAAAAGAAGUGUUCUCUGAUUUUAAGGACUUGAUUGGCCAGAUUUUAAUGGAAGUGCUAAUGAUGUCUACUCAGACUCGAGAUGAAAACCCAUUUGCCAGUCUGACAGCCACCUCACAGCCAAUUGCAGCGGCAGCUCGGUCACCGGACAGAAAUCUCACGCUAAAUACUGGCUCCAAUCCAGGAACAAGUCCCAUGUUCUGCAGUGUGGGUUCCUUCGGUGCCAGCUCUUUGUCUAGUUUGGGAGCCUCUGGUGGGGCAAGUACUUGGGAUUCCUACAGUGACCAUUUCGCCAUUGAGACCUGCAAGGAGACAGAUAUGCUGAACUACCUCAUCGAGUGUUUUGACCGAGUUGGAAUAGAGGAAAAAAAAGCACCAAAGAUGUGCAGCCAGCCAGCAGUCAGCCAGCUUCUGAGCAACAUCCGCUCACAGUGCAUAUCCCAUACUGCAUUAGUACUCCAAGGUUCCCUCACACAGCCAAGGUCCAUGCAGCAGCCAUCCUUCCUGGUGCCGUAUAUGCUGUGUAGAAAUCUCCCGUAUGGCUUUAUUCAAGAACUGGUGAGAACCACUCACCAGGAUGAAGAAGUUUUCAAGCAGAUCUUUAUCCCCAUUUUACAAGGCCUGGCUCUUGCUGCCAAAGAGUGCUCCCUUGAUAGUGACUACUUCAAAUAUCCCCUCAUGGCUUUGGGUGAGCUCUGUGAAACCAAGUUUGGGAAGACACACCCCGUGUGCAAUUUGGUUGCUUCUUUGCCGUUGUGGUUGCCUAAGUCCCUAAGCCCUGGCUCCGGGCGGGAGCUGCAGCGACUCUCUUAUUUGGGGGCUUUCUUUAGCUUCUCAGUCUUCGCAGAAGAUGAUGCUAAAGUGGUUGAAAAGUAUUUCUCAGGGCCUGCUAUUACCCUGGAAAAUACGCGCGUGGUUAGCCAAUCAUUGCAGCAUUACUUGGAGCUGGGAAGGCAAGAGCUUUUCAAGAUUCUGCAUAGUAUUUUGUUAAACGGUGAAACCCGUGAGGCUGCCCUUGGUUACAUGGCAGCUGUUGUCAAUGCCAAUAUGAAAAAAGCACAGAUGCAGACAGAUGAUAGAUUGGUUUCUACAGAUGGAUUUAUGCUGAAUUUUCUCUGGGUGCUGCAGCAGCUAAGUACAAAGAUCAAGUUAGAGACAGUUGACCCCACGUAUAUAUUCCACCCGAAGUGUCGGAUUACUCUGCCCACUGAUGAGACCAGAGUGAACGCGACAAUGGAGGAUGUGAACGACUGGCUGACGGAACUUUAUGGAGAUCAGCCUCCAUUUUCUGAGCCGAAAUUCCCUACGGAAUGCUUCUUCCUUACCCUGCACGCCCACCACCUCUCCAUUCUGCCGAGUUGCCGUCGCUAUAUCCGCAGGCUCCGGGCCAUCCGGGAGCUCAAUAGCCAUCUAAUACGUGUGAGGUGGUACCGCACUGUGGUUUUGAUUUGCAUUUGCCUCCUGGUUAGUGAUGUUGAGCACCUUUUGGGGACACCGAAGGAAGUAGAGGAACAGGCAGUAACAGUGACCUCAGAGAAGGGCCUUCCAAGCAGAGGGGACGAUUGUAAAAGAAAAGGAGGACAUGCCAUCAGUAAAGUCGCCUGUUGUUUUGGAACCGUAGAAGAUUUGAAAAAUAAUGAAAGCCAAUGGAAAGAUUCCCCACUGGCAACUAGACACCGCGAAAUGCUGAAGCGAUGCAAAACUCAGCUUAAGAAACUGGUACGAUGCAAGGCCUGUGCUGAUGCUGGUUUACUUGACGAGAGCUUCCUGAGAAGAUGUCUGAAUUUUUAUGGCCUUCUCAUUCAGCUGCUGCUCCGCAUCCUGGACCCUGCCUACCCCGAUGUGACACUGCCUUUAAGUUCAGACGUCCCCAAGGCGUUUGCAGCAUUGCCUGAGUUUUAUGUAGAAGAUGUUGCUGAAUUUUUAUUUUUUAUUGUACAAUACUCGCCUCAGGUGCUCUAUGAGCCCUGCACUCAGGAUAUUGUGAUGUUCCUCGUUGUGAUGUUGUGCAACCAGAACUACAUCCGAAAUCCAUACCUGGUGGCCAAACUGGUAGAAGUCAUGUUUAUGACCAACCCUGCUGUCCAGCCACGAACCCAGAAGUUUUUUGAAAUGAUUGAGAACCAUCCUCUCUCCACCAAAUUAUUGGUCCCUUCCCUGAUGAAGUUUUAUACAGAUGUCGAGCACACCGGAGCUACCAGUGAGUUCUAUGACAAGUUCACCAUUCGCUAUCACAUUAGCACCAUUUUUAAAAGCCUUUGGCAAAACAUAGCUCACCACGGCACCUUCAUGGAGGAGUUCAAUUCUGGGAAGCAGUUCGUUCGCUAUAUAAACAUGCUGAUCAACGACACGACGUUUUUGCUCGACGAAAGUCUGGAGUCCCUGAAGCGGAUCCACGAAGUGCAGGAGGAGAUGAAGAACAAAGAGCAGUGGGAGCAGCUGCCCCGGGACCAGCAGCAGGCCCGUCAGUCUCAGCUCGCUCAGGAUGAGCGGGUCUCACGCUCCUAUCUCGCCCUGGCCACAGAAACCGUGGACAUGUUCCACAUCCUCACGAAGCAGGUCCAGAAGCCAUUCCUCAGACCGGAACUUGGACCCCGAUUGGCUGCAAUGCUGAACUUUAAUCUUCAGCAACUCUGUGGCCCCAAGUGCCGGGACCUGAAAGUUGAAAACCCUGAGAAAUACGGCUUUGAACCAAAGAAGCUGUUGGACCAACUGACUGAUAUUUACUUGCAGCUGGACUGCGCGAGGUUCGCGAAAGCCAUUGCCGACGACCAGAGAUCCUACAGCAAAGAGUUGUUCGAGGAAGUCAUUUCGAAGAUGCGGAAGGCAGGAAUCAAGUCCACGAUCGCGAUAGAGAAGUUCAAGCUUCUCGCCGAGAAGGUGGAGGAGAUAGUGGCCAAGAACGCGCGGGCCGAGAUCGACUACAGCGACGCGCCGGACGAGUUCCGAGACCCUCUGAUGGACACCCUGAUGACUGACCCGGUGCGGCUGCCCUCCGGCACCAUCAUGGACCGCUCCAUCAUUCUGCGGCACCUGCUGAACUCCCCCACGGACCCCUUCAACCGGCAGACGCUGACCGAGAGCAUGCUGGAGCCAGUGCCAGAACUGAAAGAGCAGAUUCACGCCUGGAUGCGAGAGAAGCAGAACAGUGACCAUUGAACUGUCCCUUGGCCGGCCGGCCGGCAGGCGCAGCAUCGGUGGCGACAUGCUCUUCACACGCAGAGGCCAAACGUGGCAGACACCGAGCCCACCCACCGCGACCAAACGGUGGCCGUCUGGAAGGACAUGAGUGAGAAGAGGAGCCCGAUUCCUGUACAUAUAUUUAAGUGACAAACGUGGUCAAAAGCUUGAGGGACACAUUUUAUGAUUGGUUGCUUGUGUAAUGAAGCACGUCCUUCAUGUGUCACAAUUUGGGGCUAUUGCAGCGGAAGUUUUUUAGUGAUUGAUAAUGAAUGGGUCUGGGCAGCAUCCCCUCCAUUUUUUUUCUUUUAUUUUUUUUCCCCUAAAUCCAAUAUCCACUGAUUUGAUUGUGAUUAGAGAACCUUGGACAUUUUGCUGCUAAAGAAUCUUUCCCCCCUUCCCUUUCCUUCCUGACCCUACUUGCACUGCUGUGGAUUUUUUUAAGAGAAGCAAAAACGAAACUAAAUUCCUUUCCUUGGCCCUCCAAACAUAUAUUCUGUGAGAUAACUGUGCCUGCAACAAAGUGUUAAUCCUGGGAUCGUAUUUUUAUAUCAUAUUCACAUAUUUGUUUUUUUAAUUGGUGUUAGAUGACAUGAUUAAUAAAAAAGGCAAGAUAUUUUCAGAAUUUGAAUUUCAGUUUUUAUUUUUAUUUUUCUUUCUAUUUUGAAAUGUCCCUUAAAAAUUUUUUUAUGCUAAGCAAAAUGAAGAGAAUCCUGUUGCUCUGGUCCUUGUCAUGAGCCCUCUCUUAGGAACCGAAGGAGCAGCUGCAGCAAAGGGCAUGUUGAAGUCUAUCAGGAUUAAACGACUUCGGGUUGGGGGGAGGGAGGGGGGUGUUUUUAAUGCUACGUGACAGUUCGAAACCGUUACAGUUGUCCUAUGAGGGUACAUAAAUUCCUCAACUCGGGGCCUGUGAGUUCAAAGCAGGGGUCAUGUAUAUGAUGUGUCCUUUGGGGCUUGGCCUUACCAAAGCAGAAAAGGGGUGCAAGAAAUGUGGAGGUAUGUCUGCUUGUAAAACACACACAGGCAAACACACCCACACACACGCACAGAAACAUAAGACUUUUUGUAUUACUGCUCCCUACUUCACAUACUUGAAUUCUCGAAUUUCCUUUGGGGUAAAAAAGGAUUUGAAACCAUAAAGUGUUUUGAAGAAAUUAAGUCUACAAAAACAUACUUUCUUUUUCUCUUCCUUUUUUCCCCCUCCACAGACAAUGUCCUCUGUUCAAUUCCUAAUGCAAACUACAAUAA